ACACACCUGACGCGGACUCAGGAGCGAUGAAGAUGAUGAGGGUAGAGGAGGAUGAAGCGCAUCAGGUGGAUGACAUGGACGAGCUGAACGCGGAUCUCUCCAUAUUCUCCGUGGAUUCGGAUGAUGUUCCGCACAGGAGGAGGAAGAGGAGGAUGAGGAUGAUGAUGAUGAUGCGGGACGCCGGAGGAUUUCAACGCAAAACCAUCGCGCCGUCCUCGCGACGCAACGCCUGGGGAAACGCGUCGUACGCGGAGCUGAUCACCCGCGCCAUCGAGAGCGCGCCCGAGAAGAGGCUCACCCUGUCCCAGAUCUACGACUGGAUGGUCCGGUGUGUGCCGUACUUCAGCGAUAAAGGAGACAGCAACAGCUCGGCGGGCUGGAAGAACUCCAUCCGCCACAACUUAUCCCUGCACACACGUUUCAUCCGUGUGCAGAAUGAGGGAACGGGCAAGAGUUCCUGGUGGAUGCUGAAUCCCGACGGAGGGAAGCUGGGAAAGUCUCCCCGGCGUCGAGCUGCCUCAGUGGACAACGGCACCGGGCCCCUGAAGAGGAAAGGCCGAGCUAACCGGAAGAACACGGCUGGGAAAGCAGAGAAGACAUUGAUGGGGUGCUGUAGCUCUCCGGAGCACUGCAGUCCCACUGGGAAGUCUGGAGCAGGUGAGGUGGUGCUUAAGGAGGAGUUCGAGACUUGGACGGACCUCCAUUCGCUCGGAAGCUCGUCAGCAUCAACUCUUAGUGGUCGGCUAUCACCCGUCAUAGCAGAGGAAUUUGGGGAACCUGAUGAAGGAAUGAUAUCCAGCUCGGCAUCUCCACGCCUCUAUCCCAGUCCCUCCAGUGCUCAUUCACCUGCAUCCCACUACCCUACAGAUCUCAGAUCAACGGUUAUCUACCAAUCCCCAUGCCAUAAACACCCUCCUUACCUCUACACCAGUGACAUCGAGGAGCAAGGCUGGGAUUAUAGCCAGUCGGAUCUAGGCAUGCUUCAGCACCAUUCCUCCAUGCACACUAUUGAGGACAGCUCCAGUAGUGUGCAUGCUUACAAAGGCACAAGCACCCUACAAAGCUUGCUGACCAUCGGAUCCCAGUUCCUUGUCAAGGACAUGAUACUUGGAAAAGAGAAUGAGGUCCACUCAAUGAUGGAUGGAGCUUACAAUAAUGACCCUAUUGCUAACCAUUCAUCCAAGCCGUUUCACAGCCACAACAUCAUUCAAAGUUUAAGUCAGGACUUUCGACCUGCAAUGGUCCACUCUCAUCCCAAUGAUGGACAAAUGCAUUCUUACAUACAUAAAGCCCCUUACCUAUAUAGUCCCGCAGUUAAUGCACAUCUCUCAGCACCCACUUCGCUUCCCCCAAACCCAAUCACCUGCGAUCUCACUACAGCUCCAUACCAGCAACCCCAUGCCUAUAUUUACACUGAUUCACAUCAGCACAGUGUGGGAUACGGACUUUACCGUCAGCCUCAGGGGACUGCUUUCCACAACUCCCACAACUCCCACCACCCAGAUCAGCUCUUCCCACACGAGCGGCUCCCACCAGACCUGGAUAUGGAUGUAUUAUAUAGCAGCUUGGACUGUGACAUGGAGUCUAUACUUCUACAUGACAUUAUGGAGUCGGGAGAAGAGAUCGAUUUCAACUUUGAUUCCUCGCUGGCACAAGGAAUGGGCAUGGGAUUUGGAUUUACGGGCACACAGCAGAGCAAACACAGCUGGGUUCCUGGAUAAAUUAACACACAGAAUCCUUCUGAAGACAUAACUACCUACAUGCCAGCCAGCAGUGGGGUCCCGGCAACUCCACCACUAUUCAGGGUGAAAACACUGUGCUAACAAUGAAAUCAAAUCAAGACGGAACCUAGACAGCAACAUAGUGUCAGCCCAGAUCCGGCCCACAUCUGAUACACCUGUAUUCCACAUGUUCCAGAUGUGGGCCAGAUCUGGGCCAACACUAAUUAGUUGUCUGGGAAAGCUCUCUUUAGAAAACCAUCUUUGGAUUUAUGUUGUCUGUUUCUGUCGAUGUUGUGUGUAUGUAUUGCAAACGUCUCUGUCCCUUACAGUUUCUCUUUGCUCCAAUUUGCUGUGAGUGAACCUCCUUUUGUAUCGCUGACUGAACCAUGAUGACAAUCUAAUGCCGUUUUCAGACUAUAUUUCAGAUGAUAUUUUUGUCUGUUACGAUAGUCACUGUGUCAGAUUACAUGAUUUUGGCUCCAACAUUCUUGUUGUGUUGUUGACAAAAAACAUUUCAGUCUACACGUUGCUUCCUGACAAGUUAUUGCUUGGCGUCUUUAACGAUGUAUGUAAUGUCAUUGAGAAGGCGAAACUAUCGACUGACAGGUAUUGUGAGCAUAAACAAAUAAUGGCUAGCGAAGUGGUGUGUUUUGCACAGGAUAUCUUGUUAUCAGAAAAACUAUCAAAAAGAAAGAAAACCUGGCAACCUGACAAUGUUCCCUGCACAAAGAGGACAGAAGGGAAUUUUCCAAAGAGAACUUGAGGUAAAAUAUAUAUAUUGAGACAGGUCUCCUACUCUUCCUGAUAUGGCUGGCCAGUGGGUGAG